UCUGCUAAAAAAAUGUAAAAACUUGGCGUUGUGCUUUCGCUACUUGUGUUUUGCGGACGAGAAUAUUUGUCACUCCUAGCGCUUCCCAAUGCGUUGAAGGACGUUGCGUGUACUACGGACGUUUGGCGUUCAUCAAGUCGUACGUCGAGAAACCAGUGACCCAUUUCUUUCACGCAUCGUGCACCGAGUGCGUCCGAUGUCGGCCCCAGCCUGCUGCGGUGUUCGCGUGGCUUUGUCCACGACGGGCGGCCGUAUUCACUCGUAGCGUAUCGCUCAUUCAUCGGAACUUUACUUUGUGAGCGUAGAUUCGGAGCCCACUCUAUCCGGCUCACAUGUAUUCGUGUCAGCCUAACUGCGUCAUGCCUCUAAAAGUCGUGCUGAAGAACUUUCUGAACCACUUUGAAACUUUGGAGGCCCGCAAGAAACUUGGGGACGACCUCUUCGAAGCCGAGUUUCAGAGUUUGAAAGAACUUACAGAACGCCUCAAGCAUGAUCCAGAAUAUGCGUGUACCGAAGGUCAGAAGGAAGUCAACAGAAAGAAGAACAGAUACAAAGACAUUCUACCAUAUGAUCUCUCAAGGGUUAUUUUAUCCGAGUAUCCCGGAGUGCCUGGUUCGGACUACAUUAAUGCCAACUUAAUCAAGGGCGCAAGUGGUUCCAGAGCCUACAUAGCAUCGCAGGGGCCUCUGCCAACGACAGUCAUGGACUUUUGGAGGAUGAUCUGGGAGUGUGAAGUGCAAGUAAUUAUCAUGGCCUGCAAUGAAAAGGAAUCCGGAAAGUAUAAAUGUGAACGAUACUGGCCUAACGAAGGAGAGAAGAAACAGUACGGCAAUAUCACAGUUGAACUCGUCAAAUGGAAGCAGGUGUGCCCGGACUUUUUGCUCCGCACGCUGCGCGCCCGCUGCGGCACCGAGGAGCGCACGCUGUGCCAGUUCCACUACUGGUCGUGGCCAGACCACGGUGUGCCGACCUCUGUGGGCCCCAUCGUGGACCUGGUGCGGCUGGUGCGAGACUGCCAGGCCUCGGAAGCCCUGCCUGUGCUAGUCCACUGCAGUGCUGGAUGCGGAAGGACGGGAACGAUUUGUGCCAUUGACUACGUGUGGGGCCUAAUGAGAGUUGGGAAGUUGAGCGAUUCUUUCAGCUUGUACCAGAUAAUCCGGGAGAUGAGAUUGCAGAGGAUUGCUAUGGUACAGACAAAGGAGCAGUAUGUGCUGGUUCAUCGUGUAGUAGCUGCUCUCUUCGAGCAACAGCUCAGGAUAAUAGACAGUCACACUUACGAAAACCUUGACGAGGACGGGGAACCACUUCUGGGGUCUGGCGAAAACAUUCAGAGCAACGAAAAGAUCUACGAAAACCUUGACGACCUCGGUCUGGAAAACAGGAGCAGGGAAAAGGAAAAUGCGGAAAACGAUGAAAAGUGCGAUAAAGAAAAAGAAGUGGCUGUAGGCAGUGAAGAGUCGAAGGCAGCACCGUCGCAAGAACCUGUACCCGAGUCAACUGGUGCCGACGAUGCUUCGCAGAGGCAGGCUCGGGCCAAUCGCUCCAUGUCGUGGAGUCCCGAGCCCAACUCUGCGGCGACAUCGUCAUCCGCAUUAUCAUCCUCCGACGCAAGGGGAGGUUCACGUAGUUCGGUUAUUACAGAUGACGAAGAUAGCCAGUCCUGCAAAGACGACCCCGUGCAAGUAAAAAAGAGCCUCGGUAAAAAGAAAACAAACGAAGAACAAAGCAAAGCUGCAACUCUUAGCCAGGUUCGAAGCCUCUCCGCAACGAACAUCUGCCUGGAGGAGCCACCUGGCAAGCCGGAAGCAGCGGACAGCGGAGGAAAGAUCGUUGGAAAGGCAACUGUUAUCCGCCGUCCCAGCAUAGCAAGGCUCAAAGCUCUCUUCGAAAAGUCCGACUCUGACGACGUCAGUGGUGGAGAGGCAAACAGAAGGCGGCCUGUGUUCAGGAGCUACAGCCAGAGAGUCGCGCCGCGAAGACCAUCGAUGGCGCAAGUUCCUGACGCCGUCGAAACACCAUCCGUGUCGAAGUUCAAGCCGUUGUUGUUAAAGCGCAAGAGCCUUGGUCCAUCUGCUCGAAAGGCGAAGGAGUUCCGAGACCAAGAGAAAAGCCAGAAGCAAGUGGGAGCGAGUUCGGGCACUGCUUCGAAGAAGGAGAACCAAACAAGCCAAGUUGAACAGUGUGUGCCUGAGACUGCUACAACAACGAAGGUCACGAGUACACCCAUGCAGAUGGUGAGCUCGUCGAGCGAAGCGGCCGCUAAAGCACAGUGCCUUGCAGCGAGUUGGUAUGGUGACAGUGGUGACAUAUGGGAGAAGAACGUUCUCUACAAGUCUUUGAGCAGCUCCAACCUUGCAGGCCUCAAUUCGCAUGGUGGCAACAGCGCACCAGGCUCAAAGCCUCUCUCAGAAACAUCAAGAAACUCGAUCUCCAGUAGUGUUUCGUCCAAACUGGGUCAGAAGUGCGAUCCUCCGCCGCAGCUACCUACAAAAAAACGAACGGUGCAGACCCUGUAUGCCCCUAUUCCUUUUUACACAGUCGACGUAUCGAGAAAAUCUCAUACACUUCCUGCCUUGGCUUGCGGUGGUGACAGUGUGCAGCCCCAGAAGUGUGAACCACGAGAAAGCAGCAUUUACGAUUUCCUGCCGCGGAAGGAAGAUGCACCUCCCCGGCUUCCGCCAAAGACAAAACUGACGAAGCCACAAUCUCGCGUCGUACCCAUAUCAGCUUUGAACAACACUUACGUGAAUGUUUCAGACAUGGUCUUGGCCAGGAAUGAACUCAUGUCUCGUUUGUCUGAUGGCCGUUAUAUGAACGUAAACUUGGAAGCAAAAGAGAAUAUGAAUCGGAUCGAAAAUGUGAUAAGGCAACAUCCUCGGGGAGCCAUUAUUGAUCUCACUUCGAGGAAGUCAUUCAAUGACCGCAUCGCUUCCGGCUCCGUGUCCAAGUACGAACAGGUAUGGGAUGGGAAGACAUUUGUGAAGAAAGAUGUGAACAGCAAUGAGGUGAAGAUGGGCAAGAGUUCAAUCGCUAGUCGGCCUCUCAAGAUUGAAGGGGACUCUCCGGCUGGCACACGAAGAGACGGCUGUGAGAGCAGCACCCCUGCGGACGAUGCCACCUCUGCUAACAAGGAAAAGUCAGCAACCCUUCCAUUCGCGUUUCGUACGCACGCAAACCAGAAGGAGUUGCCUCGCCAAAAUGUGAGGCAAGAUCCGUUAGCCGCAUCUUCGUCGGAGAUGGACACCUCCGACAUUUACACGACACAUGACGAACGAUCGGGCACAGAGUACGACACCCUGUUUGCAGAAUCUAGUGAUGCUACGGAGACCGACGCACCUUGUGAAAAGGAUGCCAGAUGGAAGGGCUUUCUAGCUGUCCAGCCCAGACAAAUGCAAUCAGGACCUGCACACGUGACGAAAAAUAAAAAUGUUUCAGGUUCCCAUGCCGAGCAGCAUCAGCAGGGCAGAACAGAGACCGACGUGAAGCGCCCUCUGCCACCGUACGAGACCAUAUAUCCAGUGCAACCGGGCUUUAUCAGCAAUAGUGGCAGGGCCCAUUAUUUGGCCAGCAACCCACCUCCAAAGCCACCACGCACUUACGGCUUUGGCACCAAGUAUGAAUCUGGGCGUGCUAGCAAUGUGACCGCUGGAUCCCCAAAAAAACCAUUUGAGAGCAUUUACCAAGUGCCACCACAGCCAAGAACAACACCGCAUAUGAUAUCUAGACCACUGCACCGACUGCCAUCUUCCUGCGAUCCGAUGGCCCACUUGGCGACGUCCGUGCCAACUUUUGGCUCAGUACCCUUUGCUCCCGUGUACCACCCACGCCAAGGUGUGUCGGCCAUCAGAAGUCCAGACUACGAAAACGUGUAUGCCUGCCCCUCUGCCGUAGCAGACGCGCAGGGUGCAACGAGGCAGCAAGGGACGCGCCUCGUAAAGCAUCACUCAGAGUACCGUGCACAGAUCAGGGUUCCUCAGCCGGAGCCCGUUGAAGUCUCGAAACCGGCCAGCUCUAUGCCCGUUGGCAAGAUGCCGCUACAACACUCGUUCUCGGACGCCAGUAUUUACGAAGCACUUCGUGGUUCGCUGACCAACCAGCAACAGGAGCAACAGAGGCUGGCGGAAAUUCAAGCGCAGUACGCGGUUGUAGUGAAACCGAAGAAGUCCGGACUUCAAAAGAGCAAAACUGUGGUCUCGGAAAGUGCGCUUCUCGGACCAUUGGGACCGUCUGCCCCCCCGCGGUGUCGGCGUCCGCCGCUGCCGGAUUCUGCUGAUUCGUCAGAUGGUGUUGGCAGCAAACUGGAGAAACAAGGCACUCCUGAUGACGUUGCGCAAGUUCACGUGAAACCGAGCAAAAAAGGAGCAGCUUCCGGAAGCAAAAGCCAGUCCAAGGAAGGAAGCUCAAGCGGCAGUGAGGGCAGUAGUUUUAUCUCGGGCACACUAAGCAAGGCCUUUGGAAGGCUGAAUCCUUUCUACAAGGGGAACUCUGGAACAUCGGAAGAAGCAAAGAAAAAGACGCCCCCCGUGCAGCCUACAGCUGGGACUGGCUUAAAGAAACCUGACAUUCCUAAGAAACCAAACAACAUUGCCAUGCUGCGAAUGUCCAAGAAACGGCCUGCACCGCAGCCGAAAGUAUCCAAGGCUCCGGACUUUUCUGAUCGCCCUCUUUCACAGGGCCCGAAUGACUUAUCAGGAUCCGAACAUUGGACUCAGGUCUGAAAACAACCGUCGUGCUUGUUCUCAAAGGACAUCACUUGUUAUGUAGCAAAACUGUGGUAUGUGCAGGUGUUUAGUGUGGCCUGCAGAUGAUCUUGUUGAGGUAGGUGCAACACUCUUGCUGUGCAGUGUAAUGCUCCUGGUAAUGCUGCGUGUACGUCUUAGCGUUACCGUUUUGCCAGAAGAUUCAGAUGCAAAUUCGAACGUCCGUGCCAGCGGCGGCAUAUAGUUCUGUAGUGAAAUGAUAAUGCGCUGCAGCGUUGUCUUAUUGCGCAACAUUUCUCUGGUGAAAAAUUGUAUCGUAUCACGAAAUUCUUGUUCUUUUGAAAAGCUGUUCACCAUCCAGCAAUAGCACUGAGCCUUAGAACCCAGUGCAAACUAGUUGUGAGCAGCAUCACUUGAUGUUGUUACUGAUACUUUCGUUCGCUGGCUUUUUUUUUUCUCCUGAAAUUCUGUCAAAACUGUAAUGCUGAAAUGUAUAGCUACCAAUUAACUCUCUAAUGGUUUUGCUCGAAUGAGUUAACUAUUUUAGCACAAUUCCAUGCUGCUGCUGUCCCCUCUAGUGCAUUGUAAGGCGAAUGCACUAGCGUAAAGGUCUUCACUUUUGCCGCGCUAGUAAGCCUGAUUUUGUUCACCGGCAUUGCUACUUAAUACGUUAGCUUUUCAAGCUGACGAACUCAUGUGCAACUAUCACUGUGUAGUUGACGAGAAGAACAGAUUCUUGAAUCGUUUCUGUGUUGCCGAGUCAGUUUCGGUGAGUACCGAAGGGGGGUUAUAUCGUGUUUUUAUUUGCAUAAGGGCGUUGCAUUCUUUUUUUUUUCUCGCUGGUGUCAUUUCCCUCAUUUCAUUUUUAAUAUUUAUGCCAACUUUAUUUAAAAUCCUCGUUUUAUGUUCCACUUUUAUUGCUUUUGGGAACGGUGCCUGUUUUUGGAUUGAACAUUUGUAGAGGUGAGAUUGUCGCAUGCAUUUUGUUGCUGUCAUCUUGUUGCGGCUGGGAGUCAAACCUCCGACCUUUAGCUGAAUGUUGACGGCUUCUCACUUCUGAUUUCUCACUUCUGCAAUUCUUUGAUGCUCUUAGGCAGCAUUGCCAUACUCGCCUAUGGUCUCACUUAAGAAGUGUUUUUCAUCUUCUCCUUGAGAAGCGCCGAGCGUUCUUACCAUGAUAGUUCCUAGUGAGUGAAAUCACUGCUUGUAGCAUGGCUUUUAAUUUAUGCAAGCACUCAAACGUGACACCGUUUUUCCUGUAAUAUAUGUUUUAAAUCUUAACUUAUUAACCUUCAUUAUCUGUUUGUGCACACUUCCGUGGCAACUGCAUGGGUGGCAUUUUGUGUGCAAGUGCUGCACGCCGGUGUUCAUUGGGCGAGAGGUGUGAUGGGUAAAAUAGCUCUUUGUGCAUUUUUGUGCUAGGACUGUGACUACGAUGCACUGAUAUGCCAACACAGAUUUCAGUGCACGUCUGCUCUUUCUGGCACCACUGCUAAAGGAAAGAACUACAAGAACUCCGCAGGUUGAAUCACUAGUCCUAGGCUGUAGUGGCCUGCUUAAUGACAUGCAAUCAACUGUGGCCAAGACGGCACUGCCUAAGCCUUGUGAAAUCGUGAGCAGAUAGCGCUGGGAACUUUAAGCCCGCCUUUUGCUUGUCAAGUAAUGUAGGGCUGAAGUAGGUGAGUCAGUCUUGGUAAUAGUAGGACGCACCUCAGGUAGUCCAGAAACUGUAUAUACAAAUAGACCUGAACUUUGGUUGUAAUAAAACCCGCAGGUCGCGGGAUCGAAUCCCGGCUGCGGCGGCUGCAUUUUUGAUGGAGGCGGAAAUGUUGUAGGCCUGUGUGCUCAGAUUUGGGUGCACAUUAAAGAAUCCCAGGCGGUCAAAAUUUCCGGAGCCCUCCACUACGGCAUCUCUCAUAAUCAUAUGGUGGUUUUGGGACGUUAAACCCCACAUAUCAAUCAAUCAAUUGGUUAUAACAAAGAGACUGCAAGUUAUCAGACACCACUUCGUCCUUCAUUUUAUGUGUGUUUGCACCUAUGUUAAGGUUCUCCUACACAGCAUGACAUAACAUUGCUCCUUUGAUAUGCCUCUUUUAUGCAGUAACAUUUAGAAAGAUUAUCAUGGCUGGGAUUUGAAACAGACUUUGCCUUGAAGCAUGAACACGGGAAUGCAUCGAUGAUGCAGCCAAGUUGCAAAUGAGAUGCGUUCCAUGGGGCUGCCAGGAAUGUGCACGAAUGUUCUCAAUUCAUCAUAGUGGUUUUCGUUCCCCUCAUGCAUAUUCCCUUGCUCGUGCAUGAACUGUUGCUUGGCGAAAUGUUGUAACUUAUGUGAUAGGCAGUUUAUGCUAUGCCUGUAAUGUAAAGAUUGCUAGUGAUAUGUAUAUGCCCUAAUCAACAGUUCUUUUCUUCUUGUACAUUUUCUAGGUAGAACGGAAAAGGAAUGUUCAUUUGUUAUCAGAAUAUGUUAUUGCCAACCAAUGUUUACAUAGUGCUGCGUUUCGAACGGUGAUGUCUUUGAAAUGUUAUGGCACGCAACUUUUUUUUUAUUAAUACUUGUUGAGGGCAGUCAAACGCUGCAUGACUGCUUCGGCCUGUUUCGGUUGCGUGGCACUUGAUGGUUGUUACGUUCUUGCAACAAGUCCCAAUAUCGAGCUUCACAUGAUGCAAUGAUCUCCCGUCGUGUUUUUUUUUAUCUGCCACUGUUCACAGCUGUAGCAAAAGUCAGGUAUAGAUGUUGGUAUAUUAGCUCUAUUUUCAGAUAGUAGAAUGUAUUUUUGAUGCAUUUUUUGCAGCAACAUGUUCUCGUUAACAGUGUGUACAUCCCAUGUCCUUACCACCCCUGUAGCAUUGACUGCUUGCAAGACAAAAAGAAAGGCUGCGUCACAUGUGCAAAUAACUUGCAAAAACUUCAUGUAACGCCAAGUAAAUUGCAGGUUCAAGUCUCUCACUAAAGAGUUUGACUUGGGUUCUGGAAACUUGUAAGCAGCAAAAAUGUCGAGUAAAGACAUGUAGUGUCGGCGGCAAAAGUUUGCGUUAUCUGCAGCGCAUCGCGGCGGAAAACUCCGUUGCUGCACCACAUGCCAUCACUCAGGCCCUGCCGCGGUGGUCUAGUGGCUAAGGUACUCGGCUGCUGACCUGCAGGUCGCGGGAUCGAAUCCCGGCUGCGGCGGCUCCAUUUCCGAUAGAGGCGGAAAUAUUGUAGGCCUGUGUGCUCAGAUUUGGGUGCACGUUAAGGAAUCCCAGGUGGUAUAAACUUCCGGAGCCCUUCACUACGGCGUCUCUCAUAAUCAUAUGGUGGUUUUGGGAUGUUGAACCCCAUAUGUCAAUCAAUCAAGCCAUCACUCAGCAUAGAGCCAAGGCUAUCGACUGUGGCCUCUGCGAUUACAAGCUGCGUAGUAUCAUGGAAAUGAAAGCUUUGUCUUCGAUACUAGGUAUUGUUAACUAAUACUGCACUGUCUUUGCUCAAGAGAAUUAAUGCUCGUAAUUUCGAUCAUAAGCUGUGUUCAUGCUGUCAACCGGAGAUCACAUUGUUGCCUUAUUUUUGCUUGGCUACUUACUGCCUUGUGUGCUGCAACCAGUCUCUUUAGUGUUAUAAUGAAGCUGUCCAUUUACGCUCAAUUGUUUUGAAUUCUCUAUUAUAGUACUUGAGAUGUGCCAAAUGUGCCAAAGUAGUAUCACUUUGUGCUGUUUUGUUCACUGUUUCCUAAAACACUGUUAUGUUUUUUUGUCAUAUACAAAAUUGUUGGUGUACCACAGUCAGACUUUGUUAUUGCGAAAAAAAAAAAAAACUUGUACGACACAAGAGUACACAUGCAAUGUUUGUUGUGACAAUGAAUUCCUGACAAGCUAAUAUUGGUGUGAAAUUUUAAACUGUCACAGUAUGUUUUGUGCUGAUUAACAUUAUUAGGUUCUAAUAGUACCAGAGGUGUCAAAGUGUUCAAUUGUGUUCAAUAGAUGAAAUCAGUGCCCUUUAUAUAAUUGUUCAAAAGUGUUUAUGGUUUCUUUAGUUCGUAAGGUAGUUGACAGAAGUGUGAGCAUUCUUUCAUAUUGAAACAUAUUUUAUUUAGCGAAACGCCAGAGGUCCGUGUACUUUGACUUAAGUGCACAGUAAUGAACACCAGACGGUCAAAAUUUGCAGAGCCCUCCACUACGUCGUCCAUCAUAUUUAUAUUGUGGUUUUGGGACAUGAAACCCCAGCAAUUAUUGUUAUCAUUUUUUUAUGCUAAGCCAAAACAUCAAAGUUUAGAGGUGGUACAAAUAGCAUUUGUUAUUUCAAAUGAGACAUGCAGGAAUCUUCGGGGAGAUGGUAGGCAUGUUUGUGGGGGAAUUGGGAGGUGCCAUCUCUAAAGGAACAUGCAGCAUCUGCUAACCCUUCGAUUCAUUUGAUUGAACAGCUUCUUCGGAAAGGGUAUUAGUGCUUGGUUUAUUUCUGAGACCAGAACAAAUGUUCCUUCGGAUGGGACGUUUUCGUUUCGAGAAAACCACGUGAGUUUUCUUCUGCGUAGUUUCACGCCCCUUUUAAAUAAUCGACAACUACCUCCCCCACAAGUGAAAACGGUCGACUACAGUGAAAUGCCUUCUAGAACAGAUAAAGUGAUGCAAGAAUGAGAUUGUGCUCAUAGCUCUGGUUAUGUGCACUGAAUUGUAAAAAUAUACGCUUGCCAUGUAUGUACCUGACAGAUGUGUCGCUCGCCCCACUGUUUGCAACUAGUAGCUUUUUUCUCGAGCUCAUGCUGUGAUUGAGGAAGCCGGGCUCUUGCCAGUAGAUCAUCAUUUGUGAUCGCUUUGUCACGUGGUUCCGACAGCUGUACAGAGUGCCUUUGUUGCCGCUGGUGCAAUGUGAUGAAGUCGUGAACCUACUGGAAGCACACUUGCCUGAAACAGUUGUGCCUUCAGUCAGCUCGACAUUGUUGGCGUUUGUCGGUUAAUGUUGAUUGAAUUUGAAUCUCGCAUUGUUGCCUUGACUUUUUCUGGCUGUGAAAUCGUGAAUCUGUAUGUACAUACUCGGAUAAAACGCCCCCCAUUUUUUUUGCCGCAAAA